AUGAGUCCAUUCCGCCUCGUCUACGAGAGGGCUUGGAGAGCCAGCAUUGAAAGGAAGCUGCUACUACAAGAAUUAGAGUGCCUUCGACUGAAGGCAUAUGAGAACUCACGGCUCUACAAGGAAAAGGUGAAAGCGGUGCAUGACAAUAAUAUCAAGAGAAGAGAGUUUAGAGUUGGGGAUCUGGUCCUUCUCUAUAACUCAAGGCUGAGACUCAUGCCAGCAAACUUGAGAUCAAGGUGGGAAGGACCUUACAUGGUGGAAAAGGUUGAGCUUUAUGGCGUCUUCUAUCUGAGUUAUCCGUCAAGCCCCAACUUCUUCAAGGUGAAUGGCCACCGCUUGAAGCAAUACCAUGGUGAGAAGUUGGAAAGAAACAAGGAGUUGGAGAUCUUUCUCUUGAAAGAUCCAGCACAAGAAGAGGACUAG